AUGAGUUCAUCGAUGGCUCAUCGAGAUUUGCAGAGAGACCUAGAGAACAAGGCCAACGAGCUUGGAAAAUAUCAGAAAGAUAUCGCCAAGAAUCAUCAGCUGAGAAAGAAGUAUACCAUCCAACUCGGUGAGAAUGAGCUCGUGCUUAAGGAGUUGGAUUUACUAGAAGAAGACGCUAACGUCUACAAGUUGAUUGGUCCAGUGCUAGUGAAGCAGGAUUUAGCAGAAGCAAACGCAAAUGUCCGCAAAAGAAUUGAAUACAUCGCUGCUGAAUUGAAACGGCUUGAUGCAACCCUUCAAGAUAUGGAAGAUAAACAAAACAGCAAGAGAGAAGCGAUAAUGAAGGUACAACAAAAGAUACAAGCUAUCCAAGCAGGAAAAGCAAAGGCUUGA